CCCUCCCCCCAAAGAUUUGCACACCACUACCACCACCACCACCACCACCAACCCUCUCUCCCGUGCCCGCUGUCAUACGGCGCAUCCGCUCCUUCGCUGUCUGACGCCGCCGUUUCUGUACUCCGUCAGCCCGUACGGAGGUAUUCAUCCCCGUUGACCUCCCGCAGUGCAUUCUGCGCCAUCUGGUCAGCCCGCUGACAUCCCGAUCCCACCAGCCAACUCAGUUGCUCCUUUGCACGCCUAGCAUCCCAACGGUGGCUUUCUGAAGAAAUACCUCUCCACCGACCUCUCUUUCGCGCUUCCUGUAGCCAUGUCUGACGAGAAGACUCGCUCCUCCGUCGAGGCCGCCCGCGACACCUCCGCCCCCGUCCUGCCAACCGUCAAUCCCAAUCUCCAGACGCCGCAAAAACCAUCAGACAAGCUACAUCCCGCUUUCUACGUCGCGGCCUGGAUAGGACUGAGUUCCAGUGUCAUUGUCUUCAACAAAUGGAUUUUGUCGUCGAGAAAGUUUGAGUUCCCCAUCUUCCUGACAACAUGGCACUUGCUUUUCGCAACCAUCGUUACCCAGCUCAUGGCGCGAUUCACCACCAUUCUCGACUCGAGGAAAAAGGUUCCCAUGACAGGUCGCGUCUACCUUCGCGCCAUCAUUCCCAUUGGCAUAUUCUUCAGUUUGAGCUUGAUCUGCGGUAACCAGACAUAUCUGUACUUGAGCGUCGCUUUCAUUCAGAUGUUGAAGGCUACAACUCCGGUCGCCGUUCUCCUCUCGAGUUGGUUCAUGGGCGUCAGCAAAGCUGAUAUGAAGACUCUUGCCAAUGUGUCCGUGAUCGUGAUCGGUGUCAUCAUUGCAUCGAUAGGCGAGAUCAAAUUCGUCAUGAUCGGCUUCCUCUUCCAGGUUGCCGGCAUCAUUUUCGAGGCUGUUCGCCUGGUCAUGGUGCAGCGCCUGUUGAGCUCUGACGAGUUCAAGAUGGAUCCCCUCGUGUCGCUUUACUACUAUGCGCCCGCCUGUGCCAUCAUCAACGGGGCCGUUUGGCUCUUCUACGAGAUGCCCCGCAUGGGCAUGGACGACAUCUACCGUGUUGGCUGUUUUAACCUGCUGCUCAACGCUCUGGUUGCCUUUAUGCUCAACGUCUCUGUGGUAUUCCUGAUUGGCCGGACCUCAUCUCUUGUACUCACCCUCUCGGGCGUCCUCAAGGAUAUCCUUCUCGUCUUCGCCUCCAUGAUCAUCUUCGGCGACCCCGUCACUCUUCUCCAGGCGUUCGGCUACGGCGUUGCUCUUGUGGGCCUCAUGUUCUACAAACUCGGCGCGCAGAAGAUGAAGGAACUGAUCGGUCAAGGCGGCAUGGCAUGGGCUGAGAUGGGCGCUGCCCGUCCUGUUACGCGGAAGCUACUCAUCUUCGCCCUUGUCGCAGUUACCCUCUUUGUUCUUCUUGGUGGUCUCGCUCCCAGGAUCGCCCCAGAAUCCACCAAGAAGCUCUAUGACGGCAUCGGCACCUAUGUUGCUGACAAGGCCAUAUGAUGAUGCAUCCUAUCUCCGGCACGUCGACCAUCGGCUAGUUCAGGGGUAUGCUGCAUACCACCAGAGAAGACGAAGCGCUCCAUUCUUCUUCGACAUAUUUGUUUUCUUACCGGUAUUGCUUCAGGUUUGGGAGUGGCAGGGCUAUUGUACAGCUGACGGCAUAGACAAACUUUCAUUUCCUCCGAGCGCUGUGUCUUCGUUCGGUGAUGUUAGAGGCUUUCAUCCAGUGCCCAGGCGAGUGUAGGGAUAGAUAUACAUUCCCAUUUUCCCAUCUCUUGACCUGCCUCGCAGUUGUAACGGAAAGCGGCGAAAACUUCGCAUUGGUAUUGUCAUAUAUACAGUCUUAGCGGAGUUGGACGACAUGUAAUGGGUAUAUACAGAACAGGUAUGUAAUGAUAAUAGAGAGGGAAUUGGGGUGCCAUUU